CCCCCUCCAGCUCCCCCUCCACCCUGUUCGCUGGGAUUGACAGGACGCUUGCAGCAGCAGCAGCACCCCACAAGACGAAAGAAAAAAUAGUAAUAUUCGGGCGAAACUUGGAGGAUUUCGAGGGCUGGGAGGGGAAAAAAAGCGUUACAAAAAUAUAUAAACAUUAAAAUAUAAAGAUAAAUCUGCACCUUCAACCUUUGGCUCGCCGUUCCACCCUCACGUGCGCGGCUGCUCCAGAUUUUGCUCGCGCCUGUGUGCUGACCGGAGCGCGCGCUCUCUCUCGCACAACCAGUGUGUUUUGCCGAGCAACGACCGAACCCGGUGCCGACCGACAGCCUUUGACCAGAGAGGAUGGCAGAUAGGGAACAACUGAUCCAAAGAGCCCGUCUGGCGGAGCAGGCGGAGCGCUAUGAUGACAUGGCCUCCGCGAUGAAGCUGGUCACGGAGUUGAACGAGCCGUUGUCCAAUGAAGACCGCAACCUGCUCUCGGUGGCCUACAAGAACGUGGUGGGGGCCCGGCGGUCAUCUUGGCGCGUAAUAUCCAGCAUAGAGCAGAAGACGGCUGCGGAUGGCAAUGAGAAGAAGCUGGAACUGGUGCGUGUCUACCGAGAGACCGUCGAGAAGGAGCUGGAGUCAGUGUGCCAAGACGUUCUCACCCUGCUGGACCAGUACCUCAUCAAGAACUGUGACGAAACCCAGCUAGAGAGCAAGGUCUUCUACCUGAAGAUGAAGGGCGACUACUACCGGUACCUGGCAGAGGUGGCCACCGGCGAAAAGAGGGCCUCUGCCGUCGAAUCGUCCGAAGGCGCCUACAAAGAGGCUUUUGAUAUUAGCAAGGGCAUGCCGGCCACCCAUCCCAUCCGCCUGGGCCUGGCACUCAACUUUUCCGUCUUCUACUACGAGAUCCAAAACGCACCCGAGCAGGCCUGCCAGCUUGCCAAGGAAGCCUUCGAUGAUGCCAUCGGCCACCUGGACAAUCUGAACGAGGACUCCUAUAAGGACUCCACGCUCAUCAUGCAGCUCCUGCGGGACAACCUCACCCUGUGGACCAGCGACCAGCAGGACAGCGAAGGAGGGGAAGCCAAUAACUGAGAGAGAUCAGCCAUGUCCGCUCUCACCUCUAGCUGUAGUAGCACCCGUCUGUCCCUUCUGCAGUCUGUUUUUGAUUCUAUCUUAUUUCUCUCUGUCUGCUCCUUCAUUCUCUCUCUUUCUUCUCCAUUGCAUCUUCCUCAUCUCUUUGUGACACCUCAAUGCUCUUCUUUGGUUCCUCAGGGCAGCACUUCAGACCCUUCAUCGCUCCUUCACCUGUUUUACCCCUUUUCCGCCAACAGGAUGCUGGUACCCAAUCUGGAACCGUUCCACUGCAGAAAAGGUGGUUCUGGGAUGGAAAAAUGUUGUUGGUCUCUAAAACCUGCUUGAACCUGAAACCGAUUCCGUCACAUGUCCGCAGCAAGAUUUUAAAAACAAAUACAAGACACAAAACAAAACUAGCCCCUGAAUUCAAAUUACUUUGGAUGUUCAGAUGUAGUCCUAAAAGAUUGAUAAAAAAAUUUGAAUGAUUUUAAAAUAUAUCUGCAAAUUGAAUCCUAAUCAUUUUGUUUGUUAUUUAUUGCUUGCUUAUGAAAUAGAGAUGCUAAAAUUGGAUGCUCAAACGUAUUCUCAAAACACAGCAUAUAAAAAUGUGUAUCUAAACAGUGUAUCUAACAUUUUCUUUCGCUAUAUAUUUGUCAUUAUGUCCUUAAAACACUGAAUCAAAUUACUUUGGAUGCAUAUAUUCUCAAAACGCGCAUAAAUCGAAAAGACUGUCAAGCGGCACGGGUCAGUUAUGUCACUGUUCUGAUCACAAGCUGGUUCUGAGACCAUUUUGGUGAAAAGUGGGUAUUUAUUUACCCUCAUUUGCUCUGUUUUCCCACCUACUUUUCUCCUGUCCUAUACUUUUCUGUAUAUGAUUCUCCUCUUUCCUCCCACAACGGGUCACUGAUAGUCUACUGGGGCUGUAUUACAGAACCUUUCUAUCUUAAUUCUUGGUUAAAGAUUUGAAAAAUAUCUAUUUCCCAAGUGAAAUUAACAUGGUUGGUAAACAGAAUAGAUAAGAUAUGAUUCUGGAAGGUAGGAUCCUACUGUAAUAUUGUCCUUGGCCUCCACGUGACAUUUAUUUAGCGUAUACUUGUAAGGACUUGAUCUUCGUAGAGACUCUGUAACACUUAUUACAGGAUGGCAUCUCGAGUAUGUGGCACAGUAUAGUGCUAAUGUUACAGCUUACUACGUUCUUCUUCUUCUUCUUCUUCUUCACUUGUCUUUGAUCUGUACCUCCAUCACUGCUUAGAUGUGUUUGUCUGUCGUUUCCCCAAUCUCACCCUGUACACCUUGCUAGCCCUGUGAAUUGUGUAUACCUGCUGAUCUCGAAACAGUAUGUGGUCAUCCAAAAUGUGGGCGACACUCUGUUGUGAGAUGCAGUGAUCAAGAGUCUUUUGAUUAGGAUUACAUAUGCAAGGUUAUGACAGAAUGACAUUAAAGACAUUGCUUACCAUGGGAACUCUCAAAA